AUGGCCAGUCACGCAGAUGCACCUGUGCCAGCAUUGCGACGCCCGCGCAAAUCUACGGGCCAUUCACCAGUGCGAAAGAGGAUGGAGAAAGAGAACAUCACAGUGGACAUGGCGAGCUCUUUGGCUGGUAAUAGCAGCCGAAAGAAGUCGCGAAGCAAGAGUAUGGGACCAGGUGGACUAGAUGUCCUCAUGUCAGGAUCUGGAAACAGGCGCGUGUCAUUAGCAGCGUCAACCAGACCACCACCAAGAUCUAUUCUAAAGCCCACGAUACCAAUCCCGGAGAUCCCGCCACAUAAGCCGAAGUCAUCGCGCAAUGGUCAGCACCCUUCCAGCGUCCAAGGUGCAGAGAAGUUGCCAAACCAGUUUCAGAAUGAAGAACCAAGUUCUGGUACCAAGAUUGCUGUGCGCACUGAGGAACAGCAACAAGCGGCUGCGCGAGAACGCGAAGAAAAGGAACGGCUGGCUUUAGAGAAGGAGAUUAAGGAUCGACGAGAAGCGCGCAGAAAGUCACUUGCAAACCGAAGAGUGUCUUUUGCGGCCGAAGCAACUCUGCACACGUUCCACGAGGUUGAGUACAUGCAAGACUCGACUACAUCAACCGACUCAACACGACGAGCAUCUUCGUUAGCAGCUCACUCACCUGCACCUGCACCACACGUUUCUGACCCGUCAGAUCCACCGUCAACCCCUCCGGAGCAAGUCGAGGAUCUUGUACCAGAAUCACCUGAAGACCAACGAAACCUGCAUCAGAAACAACGGCGAAGGAGUUCCGGUGUGGGUCCUUUAAGCUACAGCAAUACGGAAGAAAACACAAUGGCUUCGACAGUCUACAGCUCAGACUCGGAUGCAACUGAUGGAGUUAUCGAGACGAACGAAGAGAUCAACUCGGAUUCGGGCAGCGAUUCGGAUGCAGAUGAUGGUACUAGCAUGGAUAUCGAUAUUGAUGAGGUUACCGGCACAUCUAUUGCAUCCGCGCGUUCCUUCGCAACGGAUGACUCGAACGACACACUCGAUGAUGCUUUGCGCCUUGCAGCCAGGCAAGCACAGACACAAAGCAUUGAUGAGGAGGAAGAGAUCAUUCCGUCAUUUGGGUGGGCUAAGAAACCCGCGCCGAAACCAGACAGUCCAGACCGCAAUAAAGAAAACCUACAGAUCAACACCCGAAAUUGGUCCCAUGAUGAUGAAGACGAGGAUGACGACGGCAUGGACAUGGACAUGGAAAUGACGCAUGCGGUGGGUGGAAUUGUUAAGUCAAACACGGAUGACGAUGACCAGGAGGCUGAGAUGUCGAUGGAUGUCACCAAGGCAUUUGGUGGCAUUAUUCCCCAACAAGCCAGCAAUUCCCGAAGGAAAUCCGUGAGCCCGGCCAAAUCUGGUGAAGGCUCAUUAGUUGACGAUGAGACGAUGGAUCUCACCAUGGCAAUAGGAGCAAUUCGACAGGCAAAGCAACCAGAGGAGGAUCUUCUUGACCUUGAGAGCAAUUUUGGAGGCAACGAAGAUAUGUCCAUGGAACUUACAAGCGUCAUAGGUGGUGUUUUGGCGUCCAACAAGGCGGGAGAGGCCAAGAGAAAGUCACUCCCAGCCCGGCGCCGCACUCUCACAACGGCAAAUGAUGAGGCGACCAUGGAUAUGACUGUGGGUCUUGGUCGUAUUCUUCCAGCUGAUCGAAUUGUGGAUACUGCUGAAGAUGAUACGAUGGGGAUGGAUAUGACGAUGGCCAUAGGCGGCAUCAUCGGAGGGCCGUCGGCCGUCAAAGACCGCUCCCUGGCAAAACAGGUAAUGGAAGAGGAGGUCAACGAAGCUGAUGAUAGCACUCCUAUUCUGCGGGCAUCUCCGACAAAGCGACGCCUGUCUGCCAUGCUUGGCGUCAAAGUUACCCCAGGUACCAGAAGCCUCAGUGUCUCAGCAAUGCGCAGUCAAGGAGCGCGUCACCCGUCACCUAUUUAUAACUCCUCUCCUAUUCGGAACCCAUCUCCUAUUCGGGACUCCUCUCCUGUUCCAAGUUCCUCUCCAUUCAAAUCAUUCAGUCCAGUCAAAGAGGUAACACCUAAAGCGAAGGGCCCGUCGACACCUUCAAUGACUCCUUUGUCUAAGAAGGUCCAGUCCCGCAGUGUAUCCCCUCGGCGCCAAAUUGCUGUGGACGCUAUCUCCACACCCAAACCAGCUCGUAAUGGUUUGCAGAGGGCAUCGAAUAUCUUUCAACGUGACCCAGAAACUGGUGCAUCUACACCUCGGGUGGUGUUGACUCCGCAGAAUCGACGACUGUCCGGUCUUGGUGCUGACAGGCCUGGUCUUGGAUCUCCCAAAGUCGCAGCAACAUUGGACAGACGAGGCUCCAUUGGUGAAGCUGCUGGUGACUUUGUACCCGGAAGAGCCACCCGCGGGGUCACAUUUGCCGACCCUCGAAUCAUAGAAGAAGAGAUCGAUAAGGACCGUCAGGACGAAGAGGCGAAAGAGAGCGGACGAAGGAUUCCUGAACGAGAGGCUGAUGGCGAUGACGAAAACAUUACGGCUACACUCAAGGAUAUGAUUGCCAGCAUGACACCCAAGAAGAAUCGCAACGUUUUCAAAGGUCGCAAGAGCCUGCAUGUUGGAAGCGCUAAAGGACUCCUUGGCAAACGCCCAGCUGAGCUGGACGAUGAAGAUGAAAGUGAAGACAGGGAUGGUGUUAAGAGACUUAAGGGUCAUCAAAGCAGUCCCGUCAAGAACGUCCGACUGCACGCUCCACCUUCCAAGGCCGAAACUACUGGCCGCAUCACACGAUCUGCGAGACGAAGUCUAGAAGAGACGAGUGGAAACGCAGCCACGCCUACUUUGACCCAGUCGCCGAGUAACGGACCCAAGACUCUGCCUUCUCUAACGAGCACUGUGAAUUUCGAUGACAUGCCUCAGCCCAUUGAUCCGAACGUUAACGUGGAUAAUGAUGGGGAACGAAUUCACCUCCAAGACUUCCUAAAUAUGACCAGCAUCCGAUUCAUGGAGCUGACCACGACAAAGCGACGUCACACUCAAGCCACGGCUCCUCUGCCAGACAACACCCUACAGGGAGACGAGGACAUUUCCCUUGAGAGAUGCGUGGUCGCGGGUGCAUGCACCGUCCCUAUGCUUGAACUGUACCAACAUUCCUGUCGGGAGCUGAAAAAGUACAUCUCAGAGGGACGGAGAAUUGUGCGCGAGAUUGAGACCGAGACGUUCGAGGAGAAUCCGCCACUCUUCCAGGAAUACAUCUCUGCAACCCCGGAAUUUAAGACUCUUAUGGAUAAUCAGUUCAAAAACGUCAAAACCCACGCACGACUUUUGAGCAAAGCUAUGUGGUAUGAGUGGCGAAUGAAGCUUCAAGACGGACUCAAGGAGGGUCUCAUCAAGAUCAGCGAAGACAUGGACGACGAUGAUCAGUUAUUGCUGAAGGGCGAGGAGCUACUCAAAUCCAUCCUGCCAGACCUCGUCAAGAAAUUUGAAGCCAUGAAGGUCGAGCAUGAGAAUCUUCAGGCCGUUGUGCAAGAGCUGGCCGAUUGCGACCCCGAGGAUCUCCGAGCAGCCCGUGCAGAGCUCUCUGAAGUGGACUCAGACAUUGAGGUCAAGCAGCGCCGGAUUGAAGAACUACGCCAAGUCUUGGACGAAACAGCGUCAGCAAUUCAAGAUGUGGCACAGAGAAAGCAGGAGUGCAACUCGGCAAUUGAAGAGGCCGAGAAAGUUCGAGAGGAAUGCAGAGGUUGGAGCUCUAAGGAAAUCAACUCUCUCAAAGGCACGUACUUUUCACCCAAAGUAGACGACCUCGAAAAACAACACGGCUGGGCCAUCACUGGAAUCGCAGGCUCAACAAUCUCCAUGAUCUACCGUCGCGAAAUUGAGCUCGUCUUUGACAUUGCUUCAUUCCAAGGCACCAAGCCCAAUUCGUGCAUUGACCUGUGGUAUAUUGCAGCCAAUCGGGAGAACCACCCUGAGCUCGCAACGCCUGAGCGGGAAUUCUUCGUGCAAUGCAUCAGAGACCACGUCCGAAGUUUGGCACAAACGAAGACCGAAAUCUCCACUUUGCUCCGGAUGGUUAGUGCGGCUUGGCAAAAAGCCGGCGCCGUGGCCGACGACAUCCGCUUGCUCAAUUGCACCUUCCCCACCGAGAUUGUCAAAACUGGCGACUCCUCCAUUGCUGUCAAAGUCGCUAUGUUGCUGGCACCGCUACAAACCAAAGUUCAGAUUGUCAUCGGUUUGCAAACUCAGAAAAAUGGCCACGGUGUUGAUGUUGCUAUUGUCCCGCAGGCACACAUUGUGUACGGUGAGCACUUCAAGGUUGACAAAGUCUGCGAGUACUUGUCAACGCGUCUGGGCAGCAAGGUCGUCACCAAAGAGGAGAACGAGGCCGUCGAGUCAUGGAGCGAUGUCAUUAUUGAGCUCCACGAGAGAUUGCUUGCUAGAGGGCGCAAGUAA